CGCCCCUCUCUGUGUUGCAGUUUUGUGGCAUUAUGCAUGCCCCCUUCCUGUGACUCCAGGUUUUUUAUGGCUGUGAGACACAUUACAAGUUCAGGGGUAAGAAGUGACCUUUUGAGGUGACUAUAACUGAAGAUUGCUUUACAGAAGCCAAGAAAGGUUUUUGAGUCAUGAUGCAAGAAUCUGGGACUGAGACAAAAAGCAACGGUUCAGCCAUCCAGAAUGGGUCAAGUAGCGGCAAUCAUUUGCUAGAGUGCAGUAGUCUCCGGGAGGGCCGAUCCAACGGGGAGACGCCCGCUGUGGACAUCGGCUCGGCUGACCUCGCCCACGUGCAGCAGCAGCAGCAGCAGCAGCAGCAGCAACAGGCUCUUCAGGUGGCAAGACAGCUCCUUCUGCAGCAGCAGCAGCAACAGCAGCAAGUUAGUGGAUUAAAAUCUCCCAAGAGGAAUGACAAACAACCAGCCCUUCAGGUGCCCGCGUCAGUGGCUAUGAUGACGCCGCAAGUUAUCACUCCUCAGCAAAUGCAGCAGAUCCUCCAGCAACAAGUGCUGAGUCCCCAGCAGCUGCAGGUCCUCCUCCAGCAGCAGCAGGCCCUCAUGCUGCAGCAGCAGCAGCUUCAAGAGUUUUACAAAAAACAACAGGAACAAUUGCAGCUUCAACUUUUACAGCAACAACAUGCUGGAAAACAGCCGAAAGAGCAGCAGCAGGUGGCUACCCAGCAGCUGGCUUUCCAGCAGCAGCUCUUGCAGAUGCAGCAGUUACAGCAGCAGCACCUCCUGUCUCUGCAGCGCCAAGGCCUUCUGACAAUUCAGCCCGGGCAGCCCACCCUUCCCCUCCAGCCUCUUGCUCAAGGCAUGAUUCCAACGGAACUGCAGCAGCUCUGGAAAGAAGUGACAAGUGCUCAUACGGCCGAGGAGACCCCGGGCGCCAAUCACAGCAGUCUCGAUCUGACCACGAGCUGCGUCUCUUCCUCCGCGCCUUCCAAGACCUCCUUAAUCAUGAACCCGCAUGCCUCUACCAAUGGACAGCUCUCGGUCCACACUCCCAAGAGGGAAAGUUUGUCCCACGAGGAGCACCCGCAUAGCCACCCUCUGUAUGGACACGGCGUGUGCAAGUGGCCAGGCUGUGAAGCAGUGUGUGAAGACUUCCAGUCGUUUCUAAAACAUCUCAACAGCGAGCAUGCGCUGGACGAUAGAAGUACAGCCCAAUGUAGAGUACAAAUGCAGGUUGUACAGCAGUUAGAGCUACAGCUUGCAAAAGACAAAGAACGCCUGCAAGCCAUGAUGACCCACCUGCAUGUGAAGUCUACAGAGCCCAAAGCCGCCCCUCAGCCCCUGAAUCUGGUGUCAAGCGUCACACUCUCCAAGUCCGCCUCCGAGGCUUCUCCACAGAGCUUACCUCAUACUCCCACGACCCCGACCGCGCCCCUGACUCCCGUCACCCAAGGCCCCUCCGUCAUCACCACCACCAGCAUGCACACGGUGGGCCCCAUCCGCAGGCGGUACUCGGACAAGUACAACGUGCCCAUUUCUUCAGCAGAUAUUGCGCAGAACCAAGAAUUUUAUAAGAACGCGGAAGUUAGACCACCAUUUACAUAUGCAUCCUUAAUUAGGCAGGCCAUUCUUGAAUCUCCAGAAAAGCAGCUAACACUAAAUGAAAUCUAUAACUGGUUCACACGAAUGUUUGCUUACUUCCGGCGCAACGCAGCCACGUGGAAGGGUGCCAUUCGCACCAACCUCUCACUGCAUAAGUGCUUUAUCAGAGUAGAGGAUGAGUUUGGGUCCUUUUGGACAGUUGAUGAUGAAGAGUUUAAACGUGGCCGCCAUAUUCAACGAGGCCGUCCUCGCAAAUACUGCCCUGAUGAAAACUCUGACGAGCUUGUCGCACAUAACCCUUCCCUUAUUAAAAACAUGCAGAGCAGCCACGCCUACUGCACACCUCUCAAUGCAGCUUUACAGGCUUCGAUGGCUGAGAAUAGUAUACCUCUAUACACUACCGCUUCCAUGGGGAACCCCACUCUGGGCAACCUAGCCAGCGCCAUACGGGAAGAGCUGAAUGGGGCAAUGGAACACACCAACAGCAACGAGAGCGACAGCAGUCCCGGCAGAUCCCCUGUGCAAGCUGUACAUCCUGUACACGUCAAAGAGGAGCCCCUCGACCCAGAGGAAGCUGAGGGGCCCCUGUCCCUAGUGACGACAGCCAACCACAGUCCAGAUUUUGACCACGACAGAGAUUAUGAAGAUGAAGCAGUAAAUGAGGACAUGGAGUGAACGCCUGAGUGGGCCGUCCCCAAGAAUGAAGAUUAGAGAGAAAAAAAUAAACAAAACAAACACGUCAAAAGUUCGCAGUGAAAUUGUUCUCCAUUUGUUGUACAGUCUGGAGGAUUUUCACUACAUUUUGACAACUCUGAAAUGUGUUAACUCUUAGUGCCAUCAAGAAUCCCAUUUGGGAGUAUUUUUGAUUUUUCUACUUUUUGUUGAAAACAGGAAUUUGUACUCUGUGCAUCGGAUGGACUUGUUUGGUACGUGGGAUUUUCCUGUCUUAACAUCAGUGUUGUAGAUUCACUAAACUGAUUCACUUUCAGCAGCAGACUUCGGACUGCAGUCCUGCCGCCGCUGGCCGCUGAGGACAACCGCCUGAGCUUGUGCGCCUAAGCUGCAGACCAAGCCUUUGCCCAGAAUUUAAGGAUUCCAAUGGACGAACCUAUUUGCACAGUACUGCAUGUUGAUUAUCACUGCCUUUACUCCAUUUUUGUUUUUUUGUUGUUGUUUGGGUGUUUUUUUUUUGUUUGUUUGUUUCUUUGCUUCCAGUUGGGAUGGGGAAGGCCUUUGUGUGUGUAUGGGGGGAGGGGUUAAAAAGAAUUAUCCCAAACUUUUUAAUGUAUUGCUUUUUUUUUCUCCCCCCUGCUUUAACUAGACCAUUUUAAGUUCUGACCUCAGGCCUCCAUUUGGGCCCAUGGCCUCUUGGAGGCUUCAAGUUUUCUGUACCUUGUGAUGAAUGUUAAUAGGUGUUUUUAUUAUACAAAGCUGAAUGUCACUUCUCGUUUGUAGUUUUCUGUCACUCAUUCCAUUUCCCUUCAGACAUCACCACAUUUCUCGAAAGUCAGAAAACAUUCCGUUUUGGUCUUUUUUCAAAAAGGUCCCAAAUGCUGCACUCUACACAUGAAGGUCCUACACAUGAAGGUCACAGAUGUGACGUCCUGCCAGAAAGAGAAUGAAUGACAGAAAAAAAGAGAUACACUCUAGGAACAAUGAGUCAUUCCACAGGGCAGUACUGGGGGUGCAAAGGGGUUGUUUCAAAUUUCCUCCUUGUGUUUACUUUCUGCAGCUACCCAUCUACCUUUAUAAAUGUCACAGCAUUCUGCCAGCACAAGGAAACAGACAGCAACAACAAAAAGCAUCCCAUUGAUUAGACUGAAGCUAUGGGGCAGUGGACAGCAGUCACUGUUACGACCAAUAUGGGUGGCAUUGUUUGCAAGAUGGCGUUAAAAUUCAGCUUGUCUGAGCAACUUUGCAAAACAGCAGGAGCUCCAAGUUUACACAGCAAUUCAGAUGUGCUUGGUGGCAUUAAUGUGUCUGAAUGCAAAUUCAGUUACAGAUUGAACAUGCAUGGGAGUUCAUGGGGGCUGAAUUCAGCAAAUGCGAAAGUAUUAGUUUCAAGUGUGCAAAUUUGGUACUGCAGUUCAGACUGCUAAGCACUAUUAAUCACACCAACCCAGUAUCAAAAAAUAAAGGAAGACAUUAGGUAGAGUGGAGUUUUCCCGUGCCCUAAGCUUGUGGGGACUCCGACACUGACCUGCAGCCAGGAUGCUAACAGGUCAGUACGACCUCAAUACCUCCAACUCUGCACCCACUUUCCUGUCAUUUCUUCACCUAGGACCGUAGAUCCUUAGUUUGAGAGCCUUUGGAAAUUUAAUUUAUAUUCUUCAUACCUUUUUUCCCCUAAAAUUACCAAAGAUGUUACACAAAAGUAAAUUAUGUUCUGUUUUAUGCUUUAUCUAAUGAAGCCAAAUAUCCUCUUAUUGUUGAUCAAAGGAGGCGAAAGAAUUUAGAGGCAGAUAAUGAGAUACAGGCUAUUGCUCACUUGACAAAGACAACUGCUCCUCCAUCUUAGAGCAAGUGUAGAAGACCAAGUAGGUAAUGGAACCAAAGUUGUUACUUUUUUCCUAGCUGUUUCUUUUUUCUUAUUUGUUUUUCUGUACCACCAGCAAGACCAAAACUCAUUUUUGUAGAGCGAAUCAUGGGACUACUGAAGACAAGACACAGGACCCAGUAUUAAAGGGGUGCCAGAAGGGAUGGGGUCCCGUCACAAAGAAGAAAUGUGUGCCACUGAAAAGGAGGGGAUCCAACAGGAGACAGUGAUGAUAAAACUCAGAAAGAACAGAAAAGCUUCCAUGGUUGAACUAGAUCACAUGAUAGUAUUUCUAGAAUAACAAGACUUUUUUUUUGUUUUUAGAAAGACUGUAUGCCACUUUUGUUUAAGAACUGUGCUAUGCUCACUGCAUUAAUUUUGGUUUAUCUUGGCAAGUAACCUCUGGUUUGUUUCGUUUUUCAGCUUUUCCUUUUUCCUUCCUUUUCUCAGAUUAGGCUUUAGUCAGGAAUUUUCAUUUACGAAAAGUAACACUCCUGUCCACUUGUAAGCUUGGUACAAAAAUCCUUUUUGGCAAUUGCUUUUGAAGCUUCACUCUGCUUUCUGUAUAAAGGGCAGUCUGUGGUCACUCAAGACUUUUUUUUUUAAACUUUUCCAGGCAGCUUCAUGAUGUGCAGGCAGUAGCCAGACAGGGUCAUGGGAAGGGGGCCCUGUGCUUCUAAACUGAGUGGUUGCUGGUUAGUUUGGUAUUCAAAAAGAGGAUAAAAAUCUGGUAGAUUAGUUCAUUCUCAGCAUGUGUAGCUAGACAUGAGUAAAGAUAACAGCAUGAGAAACUGUUAGUACGCAUACCUCAGUUCAAACCUUUAGGGAAUGAUUAAAAUUUAAAAAAAAUACAUUUCACUCAGUUGCACUUAGUCGUAUGUCUUGCAUGCUUAGUCUAAAGACGUUAGCAAAAAGAAAAAAAAGAAAAAAGAAAAAAGAAAAUUAGAUUUUUACAUAUCUUUGCAGGUAUCACAGCCUUGCAGAAGAACCAACUGAAAAAAAAUUCUCAGGCUUUACAGCAAGCAAACUUCACUAUGAUUUUUACAAUUCUGACUCUGUAUUCCUUGGGGGUAUCCCAGUCGCUUCUUUUGGAUGGGGUUUAUUAUGUUGUACAUAUAUCCCAAUGUGUCUGUGUGAUCUUUGUCUUUUUUGGGGGAGGGCAGAGGGUGGUUCUUUUUUUAGAUAUUGUUCCUAAAAAGGAAUAAAUGCAUACACUUGUUUGUCAAAACACCUUUGCUUUUUGUGCAACUGCUUUGUAUUAAUGAUACUUAAAAAAAUAUCUUUGGAAAAAAAAACUACUGUAUGUAAUGGAAUUGCAGAAUAUGCUGCACAUGUAUUUUAUUUAGUUAUUCUUGCUUUACAAAUAUUGGAUGACAUUUUUUGACAUGUAGGAGGGAGAACCCCCCCACCCCCUUGGCUUUUAAAUUGUAACAUAGUUGACAGAUUUUUUUUUUUCUGAUUUCAUUGAUUGGAGCAUUUUGUACAGGUUUUUAUGUGUGUCUGUGUGUGUGUGUGCGCGCGCACGCACACCGUGCGUGUGUUAAUCUGUUUUUUGAUACAUUCCUAAUUCCUUGUGUUUAUCCUACCACUGCCUUCCUGGCUAUCUUAAGCAAGUUCAUACAUUUGAAAAGAGAAAAAAAAUAUUGUUUUAAAAAAAUGUUUUCUCCUGCUGCAGUAAAUAUUUUGCAUGAUCAAACUUCCAGGGUUACACUUUCAAAGUUUAUCAGUGAAGUAAUGGUUACGAUGGGGAGUGUCAAAAUAUUGAAUCUUUAUAUAUAUAUAAAUAUAUAUAAACCUUUACAAGGUGCCAAGAUGUAAAGAUAAUUUGCUACUUAUUUUUUUCUCAGAGAAAAGUAUACAUGAGGGAAGUGGUCCUGUGUAUCAGGCAAAUGUGCCGUCAGGUAUGCGGAUCCAUGGACUUGUCCCUAGAAUCUGUUCAUGUAACACAGAGUUAGGCUGCCUCACUGGACCAGCAGUGACACAAGUACCUGAGGAGUACCUGCCAACCCUUUGGAUGGCUCUAAUAUUACUGUUAAUGCCUAUUACAGCACUGCAUCAGACCUAGGGGAAAAAAACCCACUUCAAUUCUGACCCCCAAAUCUGUUAAUCUCACUAGCUUUUUUUUUUUAAUCACACAAAGUUUAAAAAUAUUUCCUCUCCUUUCCACAUUCCAGUUAAGUUCCAUUUCCAAGGGUACAAGGAUGCCCUUACUAGGAAGGAUUUUUUAAAUCUUUUGGUACAUUUUCUCUAAUGGCAUACCUUUCUGAGACUCUGGUUGCUUUGAAAGUCAGUUUCACUCUUUUUAUCCUAAGAAUCAGAUGUGUAACUCUAGAGGCAUUUCAGGAGCCCCUUCUGGCCCAGGCCAUGUCUGCUAGCCCAAGCCUUUGAGGAUGGUACAGUCCGGACUGUGAGCAUGGUGCUUCGUAUAUAUGUGCUGCCAGUAACAAACAUUUUUGUUUUGUUUUGUUUCGUUUUGAUAAGGCACAGAAACUCAUUCCUUGACAUCAACUGUAAUUCCAUCAUUCCAUGUCUGUGGAUACAGACAAUAAAAAAUAUGUUGUGCAGUCAGUACUAAUUACUGACAUUAUAGCAUUCUCAAAUGCAAUAAAAAUGCUGGUUGUUGACACUGGUAGUAAAAGUC